CGUAUCAUCUUGUCACGAAUUGCGCCCACAAAUUCUACCCAUUCUUAAUACAAACGCGCCGAACCUAGACUACCCAGCCGACAACUAGGUUCUCAAAGGUAUCCCUUUGGGACCACACGAUAACAUGUCGGGUUGGUAUAGCAAUCUCGUCGGUGCGACGACUUCCAAAAUCUCCAACCUCCAACGAUCUUUCCUCAGCAGCGAAGCCGAUGGCGACACCGAAGACGACACCCACGUCUGCAGAGUCCUGCGAUCAUAUUACAUCGAGAAAGGCCAAUCAUUUCCAGCCUGGCUCCCACCUGAUCCCAAAGCCCCCCCACCAGUCGCCGUCGUCCAUUCGCAGCCAGCACAGGUUGGUUCAAGAUACGGUGGCCUUGCUCAACAAUCUCAGGGUGGCCUAAGCUCGCUAUGGGACAACAACCCCGUGUCGCAACCCCAAGAUGCGCAAAGUUUACGACGAGGCAGAGGCGCGCCACCUCCAAUGCGAAAUAGCGACCCGAGAAACAGCCCAUUCCGCAAUUCGGACCCCAUGGCUGGUCAUGGACGAGAAGAGGUAGCGGCGAGACCACUGCCUAGUCAACGACUUGGAAGCUAUCAGACCGCGAACGCUUAUAGAGGAGAUGCCGGUACAGCACCACCCACCGCCUCAUCUGGUGGAUCAGCACAGGAACGAUUGAAGCAGCGAUUCUUUGGUGGCUCUAGAACGACUAGCCCUGCUGGAAAUGGACCUUUCAACCCUCCACCCCAGAGUAAUUCGAGAGGAAAUAAUUCUAUCAGCAGUGGAUCAGGAUCUGGAGACUAUGAAGCGAGAUUCGCGCCUGGUGGUAUGUACGACGCCGGCCCCCGUGGAGGAGGAAAUGACAGACUUGGACGACGGCCAGGAGGCCUACCCAGUGGACCCCGGAUGAGAUGAAGGACUUGCCUUACUUACAAGACGAUUACCUAGGUACUUUUCGAUAAAUACUGGAAGGAUUUGGCUACCAACACCCUCCGGGCCAUGGAAAGUGGAUACAUGGCGGCCGCUCAGUGAAGCUAUACUGGGGGCUGCUAAGUUGCAGGUAUUGAGGCGUAGUCUCAAGCAUCUUU